ACAGAGAAGGAAGCAGGAAGUCAGUCCACAAGGAAGCGAAGCACGUAAACAAAGACAAAAAAAACCCAAAAUCAGACAACUGGACCACAAUGGCUGGCAUUAAAGCUCUGGUCGGAUUGUCUUUUAGUGGCGCCAUCGGGCUGACGUUUCUGCUCCUGGGUUGUGCACUGGAACAAUAUGGAGUUUACUGGCCGCUGUUUGUCCUGAUUUUUUACAUCCUGAGCCCGAUCCCAACCUUCAUAUCGCGGCGUCUCAGUGACGAUAUGGACUCCUCAAGCAACGCAUGCAGAGAACUGGCCUAUUUCUUAACAACUGGGAUCGUUGUGUCAUCCUUUGGGCUCCCCGUUGUCCUCGCCCGCAAUACCACAAUCCAGUGGGGCGCCUGUGGUCUGGUGAUGACCGGAAACGCCGUCAUCUUCUUCACAAUCCUCGGCUUCUUCGUGGUGUUCGGAGGCGGCGACGAGUUCAGCUGGGAGCAGUGGUAGAUGGCGGGAAGUGAGCAGACACACGGAUGGACGGCUGGCCUGCAGACAAAAGUGUGAUCGUUCUCAAAACUCUUCGUAAGUUGUCAACGAGUGUCCGAUAGAAAGCGCGUCGCCGUGUUAUCGUGCCUUAUGUCUAGGACACCGUAACUAUAACCCACAUAUGCUCUAACCUCAUCACAUACAUAUUAUUUUGGCUUGGCUUUUCUCUCCGACCACACAUCAGCUGUGUUAUGUCUUUAGGUCCCGGUUUACCACACUGCCAUGCUUUGAAAUGAGGAUCUAACUGACUCACUUACGUAACUAUUUCUGUUUAAAAGUGUAAUGUUGGGCAAAGUCAUCCCUACGUACGUGACGAUGUCACUUUUUCUGCCUGAAAGUGGCCGUUUUCUGUCAUCCUCGUUGCUGUGUUGUACAUUCGAACCAAAGAUGGCUAAACGUAGAGCCUGUUUAAACACCAAAUUGUGCAUUAUGAUUGGCACUGAGAUGCCAGCUGAGGGGUUUAAGGAAGCACUGUUUUGAGAAGAGCAUUUCACUGUGUGAACCGUUUAAAAAAGUGCCUUUUAUAUUCCUGAAGACGUCAGUAAAUUCUAAUAAAUGACGUGAUUUUU